GGAUCUCGCAUCCUUCACUUCUCGAUCAUUCGGAAAUUCCACAGCUCCAUCCACACUCCUAGAAUUCGAAUCGGAUUCUGCACCCACCGCUGGGCUUGUUAACAAUUCGAUACCUUCUCUUGUUCAUCUCACCCUCCAUCUCCCGACAAUAUCUCAAUUCCUCAUAUAGCUCUCUAAUUCGCAUAGUAUAGCCCGGUCUUCAGCCAAGAUGGUUGGUAAGAAGAGUGGGCGAGCUGCCCUCAGGGAGGAAGGCCUUGCGAAGACGGACAAUAACCUCGACCUAACCAGCUGGCCUGCCGUCAGUAUGAUCAACCAAAAGAACUACUACACCGAAUACCUCAAGCGCGAUGAGCAGUUCCUCGCCUACCGCACGAUCCAAGAGGAAAACACCCAGCGCAUGGUGAAGGAAGCGCGCGAUCGGGACCGAGCCCGGGCAGGCGUGGUGUUGGACGAUGACCGGAUGGAGGAUGUGGAACCGACAAGUCCGGAAGCGCAUGGCUCGACCUUCAUUGUCAUACACCCGGGAAGCCAGAACCUCCGGAUCGGGCUCGCGAAUGACCCGAUCCCGAAGACCGUGCCGAUGGUGAUAGCGAGGAAGGCGAAGGAAAAUGAGAGCGAGAUCGAUGGAGGCGAACCGAAGCCGAAGCGGAUCAAGCUGGAGGGUCAGGAGGACGAGGAUGUCCCUCCCGAGAAGCAGUUUGGAGCGGAGUUCUCCAAAGAGUACAUGUCCAUGGCGCUCGAACUCAAAACACGGAUGCGAAACAAUAAGCGGCGGUUGAUGCCCAACUCCCGCGAGCUGGUGGUCAACUUCAAUCGACGUGCGCACCCGGAGAUCAUCACCGAGCACAACGACCCGCAGCGCGUGGAGUGGACGGAGGUUGGCGGCUCGAGCGCGCCCGAGUACGUCUGCGGCCAAGCCGCCCUGCGCAUCCCCGAGAAGUCCCAGCCCCGGUAUCGAUUGCUCUGGCCGCUCCGCAACGGGUGGCUGAACGAGAAAGACUACCAGCAAAAGAACCCCCUGUGGAACGACCUGUACCUCAUCAUCGAGGAAGCGAUGAAAACCGAGCUGGGUUUGACGAAGCGGAAGGACUGGCAGAAGUACAGCUGCUGCUUCGUCAUCCCCGACCUCUAUGAGCGCGAGUACGUCAACCGUUGUCUCGACAUGUUGAUGCGCGAGUUCGGAUUUCGAAGGGUCUGCUUCAUGCAAGAGAGCGUCGCCGCCACCUACGGCGCGGGAUAUUCCAUGGCAUGCAUCGUGGACAUCGGUGCCCAAAAGACCUCCAUCUGCUGCGUCGAGGAUGGCAUGUGCGUGGAAGAGUCUCGCGUCAACAUGAAAUAUGGCGGGUCGGAUGUCACCGAAGCGUUUAUGAAAAUGAUGCUCUACGACCAUUUUCCCUACCAAGAGAUCAACUUGAAACGACGCUACGAUUUUCUUUUGGCGGAGGAGCUGAAGCACAAGUUUUGCACGAUGAAUGAAGGGGACAUCGGCGUUCAGCUCUACGAUUUCCAUCUCCGGGCAUCGGGACAGGACACGCGGAAGUACAACUUCAAGACAUAUGAUGAGCCGAUGCUCGCUCUUAUGGCUUACUUCCGCCCUCAAAUCUUCAACCACGACGACAAGCUCCUCGGCCGCCGCCAUCUCGUCGACCGCUCCUACGACCUCUACGACGGCAGUCCCAACGACCCCUUCUCUAUCGCCCAAUCCCAGGUCCUCCAACAUGCCUCCCAAUCCUACGCCCACAACGGCUCCAUCGCCCCCGUCACCACCUCCGCCCCCACCUCCGCCGCCGCGCCCUCCGCCCGCGCGUCCUUUAACCUCCUCAAACAACUCCACGAAACCGAUGCCACCCCCCGCUCCUCCGUCGCCGGCUCCCCAGCCCCUGAAGGCACCCCGAAGCCCGAGCGCGCCGGCUCCCAGGACGCCCCCGAUGACAGCGGGAUCCUCGCGCCGUCCGCCGUCGACCCUGUCGCCGAGAAGCUGAAGCUCGCCGACGAACGCGACCGGAUCCUGCCGAUCAUGUCGCUGGACGCCGCGGUGUUCGCCAGCAUCACGCAAGGGGCGCGGGCGGAGGACCGGAAGGUGCGGGACUUCCUGGGGGGGAUCAUGGUGGUGGGCGGGGGCGGGUCGAUCGCGGGAUUCAAUUCAUUCUUGGAGGAGAAGCUGCGCGAGCUGCAGCCGCUGUACGUGAAGGACGUGCUGAUCGGCGCGCCGCCGAGGGAUUUGGACCAGCAGGUGGUGGCGUGGAAGGGGGGCAGCGUGUUUGCACGGCUGAGCAAUAAUGGGAAUGAUAGCUGGAUUUAUCAGAAGGAGUACGAGCUGCUGGGGACGAAGGUGUUGUCGCAGAAGUGCAUGUGGAAUUGGUAGUUGGAAGGCUCGGAUAGAAGUACAGCGCACCAUGAAUAGGAGGUGUUCGUCAACAGACUCGUGAUC